AUGACGCGUCUGCUACCUCAUUUCAUAGGUUUUCUGGUGAUUCUGCUUCCCACGGUCUUAACAGUGAUGGAAGAGGUGGUGUUAAUCGAACAACCACAGUCCGGUCAUGUCAUAAAAUCACGACCGUAUCGUUUAUCAUGCAAAGCGGUGAAUGCACGGAAAAUCCGAUUUAAAUGCAACAACAAAUGGCUCGAUGAGGCCCGAUAUGACAGUGUACUGGGCACGGAUCCUGGCACACAACUACCGUACAUGCAAGGAAGUGUGGAAAUCACUCGACAAGAAGUGGAAUUAGGCGCACACUUGGAGGAAUUUGCAUGCCAGUGUUACGCCUCGGGCGCCAGCGAUUCGCAUGUGGUACGAUCUGAUCCAGCUCGAAUACGGAUUGCUUAUAUGCGGAAACAUUUUGUUCAAGUGCCCACUUCUGACCGCGUUCCCGAAGGAUCCACCGUUCAACUGCAUUGCGUAGCGCCGGAGAGCGAUCCAAAAGCACAGUUGACAUGGCUUAAAGAUGGAGUGGAAAUAGAGAAAUCCGUCGACUCGAAUGUGAUAUACGGUAACGACGGGAGUUUGAUCAUCUCGGCUGCACGACUUAGGGACUCAGGCAACUACACCUGCGAAGCGACAAAUAUCGCGAACCGACGGUCGACAGACCCUGCGACUCUUAGUGUGUACGUGAAUGGCGGGUGGUCGGUAUGGUCAUCGUGGACGGGAGCGUGCGCCGCUGAUUGUGUGGCGCUGCGCCGCGCCCUCGAGAGCGACGCCGGCUCCGAAGUGAUCCCAAGACUGAGGCGAACUCGUACGUGUAAUAAUCCGGCUCCGUUGAAUGGUGGCGCUUAUUGUUCAGGAGAGGAAGAGGAAUUCCGAUCCUGUAAUCUCACAUGUCGACUGGAUGGUCGUUGGUCACCAUGGUCCGAAUGGUCUCCCUGUUCACCCACCUGCCAUCGUUUUCGCACCAGGACCUGCACAUCACCGCCACCUAUUAAUGGUGGACGACCAUGUGCUGGAAGAGAACUGGAGACUGUUCCAUGUAGCGAAGACUACUGCAUUCCAUCCACGGCAUCUCAACCUCGUUUGGGCAACGACGCUGCAGUUUACGGGGGAUUGGCUUGCGUUUUAGUGUUGUUAGCAAUAAUCAUGGCUUUAUGUACGGCUUUGCUUUGCAAGAGAAAUAGAGGAAAGAAAGGCAGCGCGAAGAACAUCUACUAUGCUGAAACUGGUGCCCAUGUUCGCCGUGUCCUCCUUGAACAACAACAAAAAGCGCUUCUCGCAGAUGAUUGCGCUAAGCCUCCCCCGAUUAGCUCACAAUUUUUCACACUUGGCAGCACGUGCUCACCUUCACCGAUGCACCCAUCGAUGACUCUACGAUCGGCGAAGAGCGCCUACAGCGGUUAUUCGGCGAAUAGGAAUGCAGGCUCUCGCGCUGCCUUAAUAACCGAAUGUUCGUCAAACUCGUCUUCUGGAGGCGGAAAGCGAACACUCGUCCGGACGAGUUCCAACUAUUCUGACGACGAAAACUACGCCACCCUCUACGAUUACUUGGAUGAAAAAGCUGUUGGCUGUCUAGAGACAUCACAAGCUGUUCUUGCAGCACAGGUGGAUCAGAGUGGGGCGCGACUGCAGCUUCGUAAGUGCGGUGCUUCUCUGUUAAUUCCUGAAAAUGCUCUGGAAUCGGAUAGGAUGAUAUAUUUGGCGGUUUCUGAUCAAAUUGCUGAUCGGCCUCAGUUGCAAAAUGGUGAAUCAGCGUUGUCCUCUGUAGUCGUGUUAGGAGAAUGUGAAGGAGAAGCGACGAGUCCUGCUCGAAUCAUGAUGAAGCCAUUGGUUCUCUCUUUCCGACAUUGUGCUUCGGUUUUUCCGCGAGACAACUGGUCAUUUGUACUGUACGCGGAUGAAGGAUAUGGCUGGCAAAGGGUUCUUACAGUCGGUGAAGAGAACCUGAAUUCCACUGUGUACGUCCACAUGGAGAAGCCAGGAAGAAGCGAUGGUAUGGGAUGGUGUCACGUGAUGCUGGAAAAUUUCGCGAGAGUUAUGUUGGCCGGGAAACCUCGAAGAGCCUCUGUAAGCGCGUGUAAAAGAGUUCACCUGGCCGCCUAUGGUCCUGCGGAAAGACCGAGAGCGUCAAGUUUCGAGCUAAGGGUUUACUGUGUUCCCGAAACUGGUGCAGCUAUGGAAAGUGUGGCGAAACAGGAACAACAUGGACGGUUGCUUGCUGAAUCUGAACACUUCUUGCUGAAUGAAAAAGGUGAUCUCUGUUUCUGUGUCGAAGACGUUAGUGAUGGAUUUUCUAUGAAAGGAUCGACUGUGGUGGAAAUACCAGACACUCAUCAUCAAUGGUGCUCUCAGAACGGAUUGCACUGCUCGCUGACAAUGUGCAGCGACACAAAUCGGCCUGUCGAAGAGUUUUUGGCGAGGAUAGUCGUCUAUCAGAAGACGAACAGCGCCGAACGACAUGUUUUGCAAGUCCGAUUUGAGAACAGCAUAUACGACAAACCACCAGCAGACGAAGACCGCACAGUUACCGCCGACUUUCAUCUCCCGCUGGAAGUGAAGGACGAGUUGUCGCAAUUACUGGAUCCUCCUACUGAUCCAGAUCGAGAUUGGCGAGGAUUAGCGAAGAAAUUGCAUACGGACAGAUAUAUCCAGUACUUUGCGACUCGUCCUGGAUGCUCUCCAACGACGUUGUUGUUGGAUUUGUGGGAGGCUAGAGAGUGCGGAUCAUUGCGAGCAGUGCACGACUUGCUGCAAACGUUGCGGGUGAUGGGCCGACCAGAUGCAGUCGCACUGCUCGAACAGUAUCUGUCACAUUUCUCGUACGCCAGCUAA